AUGGGUCGUCAUGUAACUCUUUUUUCGGCCGCCUUCCUGGCCACUGGAGGCUUUCUCUUCGGUUUCGACUCGGGCAUCAUCACGUCUACCAUCGCCCUUCAGACAUUCAAAGAUUAUUUUCACCCAUCCGAUGCCAUUGCGGGGGGCAUUGUAUCAUCGUUCCAAGGAGGAGCUAUCCUUGGAACGAUGGUGAACAUGCUGUUCUCCGACUGGUUGGGACGUCGGAAUACCGUCUUCCUAGGUUCUGUUAUUUCCGGCCUGGGAUCUGCGCUCCAGGCUGGCUCACGGAACCUUCUUACUCUUAUAGUCGGGAGAUUCAUCGGCGGCGUCGCGAUCGGGAUCCUCACAUCGACGAUUCCGAUGUACGCCUCGGAGCUCUCUGAAGCGAAGCAUCGAGGUAAACUGUCCGGCCUGCUGCAGUGGAUGCUGAGCUGGGGCUUCUUGGUCGCACAGUGGCUGGGUUAUGGGUGUUCGUUUGUGAAAGAUGACUUUUCAUGGCGCUUCCCCCUGGCGUUCCAGUGUAUCCCUGGGAUUGUCCUGGCAGUGGGCAUCUUCUUCCUCCAAGAGUCCCCUCGGUGGCUCAUGGAAAAGGGACGACAAGACGAGGCGCGUCAAGGCCUCGAUAAGCUGCGCAUUGGCGUUGACGAGAAGGUGGUUGAGGUCGAGUACAACGAGAUCCGCCUCGCUGUCCGGACGCAGUCUACCCUCAACAAGAAUUGGAACCUUUGGAAAGAGAUUCUCACUAGGCCCUCCUGGCGCAAACGCCUGAUUCUGGGUUGCGGCGUCCAGGCAUUUUCUCCCUUGUCCGGUAUUAACGUCAUCAACUAUUUCGGACCUAGGAUUUACGAGCUCUUGGGCAUCGGCACUCAAACAUCGCUAAUGAUCAUUGGUAUUAAUGGCGCCCUCGGUAUCAUUUACAACUCGGUCGGCCUCUGGCUGCUGGAUCGUGUUGGCCGUGUGAGACCGCUCAUUGUGUCCGCCAUCGGUCUUGCGGCGGCUCUGUUGGUCAAUGCCAUCCAGUUCCAAUACCUUGAUCGGAACAACGCAGACCAACUGCGCAGCAUGGUCGCCAUGAACUUCGUCUUUGGAUUCUUCUUCACCCCUCUCGGUAUUAUAAGCUGGGUUUACCCGGCCGAAAUUUUCCCCGUGGAGAUUCGGGCCCUCGGAAACGCAAUGACAACAUUUACGAACUGGACUGUCAACCUCAUCCUGGUCUCAUUCGCGCCACAGGCUCUCACCGCAGUGGGAUUCAAGUUUUUCUACGUCUUCUUCUUCUUCAACCUUGUAGCAGCGACAUGCUACUAUUUCUUUUACCCUGAAACAAGGGGAAAGUCGUUGGAGCAGAUGGACGAGCUGUUCGGUGAUCGUGCGCCGGGCUUUGAUCAAGGGGGCGGUGCUGAUCAAGAGGGAGGUUACAGAACGAACACCACAAAACCACUGGCAACUAUCAAGCGACCUCAAACCACAUACAAUACAUUCGAUCUGGAAGCGUAG